GCCGCCCCUCUCCAAAUAAAUCAGCACCAUGACUACUUCUGGGCAUGGAACAAAGAGGAUGCUCUCCCGGGGCCCCGCGCUGCUCCUGGCGCCGCUGCUGCUCCUGUGCCGAGUGGUGGAGAGCCGAGGAGGGAUCAUGGACAGCAUCCAGAGAUUCUCCAACCUGCCAACCUAUCUCCCUGCAAACCCUCACAUCUCCAAUGCUGAUACUUUCUUCUUCCUCAAGGAAGCCAACCAGGAUAUCAUGAGGAACUCCAGUUUGCAGUCUAGGGUGGAUUCAUUCUUUAUAUACAAAGCCAAACAGCCACCUGUCCUAAAUGCCACGUAUGGACCCUUUUCUGUUGAACAACCCGUUCCCUUGGACCUCAUGCUGACUUCUGCAUCUUUUGGUUUCACAAAUAAAUUCACUUUUAAUUGGAAAUUAAAAUCCCACAUAAUCAACAGCUCAAUCUAUUCCAACAAACCCAAAAUACAGACCUUGUUCUAUAUAGCGGGGAAGGACUGGGACGACUACGACUCUGAGGAGAUGCUGCCUUGUGUGAAGAUGUUUGCUUUCCUGGAGUCUAGAGAAGUGGUGGCCAGCUGCAGAUUGACAGGCCACCUGGGAUUAUGUGUUGUGGAGCUGGAAUUGUCUCCCAGCUGGUUCAGCUCCCCUCCACCCCUGCUUGCAGAGGAAACAGCCUCCCUGGAAGGGAUUACUGUGGAGCUCUUCUAUAAGAUUUAUACAGUGGAUGGGGAAUGUUCUCCAGAGGAUGCAAAAUGGGAAAACAAUAUCCAUGCAGGUGAAGAGAAUGAGCACCAGGCUUUGUCAGCUAUGGAGAGGAUUGGUAGCAUCGUUGUUUACCCAAAUCAAGACAAAUUAAAGCAGUCUUCGCUGAGGGUGGAUGAAAAUAUCCUUAUUCACUUACCACUCAGCCCGGUCAGAGAGGGGGACAUUGUGACCUUCCAUGUUUUCCUGGCUGAUUACUCGCUAGCAGACCAGUUUGUAUUAAGGAUCAGGACGGCCCCAGGCGUGAGGAUCUCGGACAUCAGGGUGAGCGACGCGGACCAGUGGGGAGUGCAGGAGGAGACGGACAGCGCCCGGAGCACGGCCACACUCACCUGCGUGCACAACGACCCCGCCGCCACCGACAGAGCAAACAUGACCUCCUACGAGAUCCUGCAGAUGGAUUUUGAGAUUGACAACGGCAGCAGCCUGGCAGGAGCCCAGCAGAUCACCUGGCAGGUGGAGUACCCGCGGGACGACUCGGUCAGCGAGCUCGUGGUGUCCGAGAUCUUCAUCACCCUCCCUAUUUUUAUAGGAAUUGUUCCUCUUGCCAUGGACACAGAAAUCCUCAACACAGCCAUCCUGACGGGCAGGAUGGUGGCAGUGCCCGUCAAGGUGGUGGCCGUGCAGGAGGACGGCUCCGUGGUCGACGUCUCCGACUCCACCGAGUGCAGAUCUGCCGACGAAGACGUGGUCAAGGUUUCUGAGAACUGUGACUCCAUCUUUGUUAAUGGCAAGGAGAUGAAGAGCAAAGUGGACACCAUUGUGAAUUUCACCUACCAGCAUUUCACCACGCAGCUGGAGGUGACGGUCUGGGUCCCGCGGCUGCCGCUGCAGAUCGAGAUCUCUGACACCGAGCUCAGCCAGAUCAAGGGCUGGAGGAUCCCUGUCACCUCCAACAAAAGGCCCACGCGGGACAGCGAGGAUGAGGAGGAUGACGAGAAGAAGGGCAAAGGCUGCACCCUGCAGUACCAGCACGCCCUGGUGAGGGUCCUGACGCAGUUUGUGGCCGAGUCCUCGGAGCUGGGAGGCCACCUGACCUACCUGCUGGGCUCGGAGUGGCAGUUUGACAUCACGGACCUGGUGGCUGAUUUCAUGAAGGUGGAGGAGCCCAAGGUGGCCAAGCUGCAGGAGGGCCGGGUGCUGGCUGGGCGUGAGCAAGGCAUCACCACGGUGCAGGUCCUGUCCCCUCUCUCGGAUUCCAUCCUGGCAGAGAAGACAGUGAUAGUUCUGGAUGACAGGGUGACCAUUGCUGACCUGGGGGUGCAGCUGGUGUCAGGCCUGUCUGUGUCCUUUCAGAGCAGCAAAGGAAACAAGAGAGCCAUCCUUGCCACCACCUCUGCCCACGACAUCCUGCGCACUCCCAAACAGGAGGCUGUGGUGAGUGCUUGGGUUCUGUUCAGCGACGGGGCGGUGACGCCCUUGGACAUCUACGACUCCAAGGACUUCUCCAUGGCCAUCACCUCCCUGGAUGAGAUGGUGGUGUCCUCACACCAGAGCCUGCAGUCCCUCUGGCCUGUGGUGGUGGCAGAAGGGGACGGGCAGGGGCCCCUGAUCAAAAUUGAGAUGGUGAUCAGCGAGCCCUGCCAGAAGACCAAGCGCAAGAGCGUUCUGGCCAUGGGGAAAGGAAACGUCAAAGUGAAGUUUGGUCAGAAGGAUUUGGACCAGAAAGGGAGCACCAAUGACAUCGAUGAUGUGGAGAAAGAUUUUAAGAGCCAUGCAGGCAAUGCCAUAGAGAAAGCUGCAGAACAAGAGAGGACAGCACAAGACUGGUCCAAAAACCACGAGGAUGUGUCUGGCCCUGAGGACAAUGCAAACAAAAGCACAACUUUCAUCUCUCCCAUUGAUCAGGAGUCCCUGGAGGAUGGCCAGCUUCAAAACAACCCCACUGCCUUCACAGGUUUCCCUGCCCAGGUAGAAAUACCAGGAGAAAACAAUCCCAGUGAUCUCUCAUUGACUUCCAGAGGAUUGACAGACCUGGAGAUUGGCAUGUACGCUCUGCUCUGUGUUUUCUGCUUGGCAAUCUUGGUGUUUCUGAUUAACUGCGUGGCAUUUGCUUGGAAGUACAGGCACAAAAGGUUUGCUGUGAGUGAGCAAGGCAACAUCCCCCAUUCCCAUGACUGGGUCUGGCUUGGAAAUGAGGUGGAGCUCCUGGAAAACCCAGUGGACAUUUCGCUCCCAUCGGAGGAGUGCACUACCAUGAUUGACAGAGGGAUGCAGUUUGAAGAAAGCAACUUUCUCCUUAAUGGGAGUUCUCAGAAGACUCUUCAUAAUCAUAUCCUCAGAUCUUCUGAGUACCUUUGUGAAAAAGAAGUUAAAAGUGAACCUAUAAAUCCUUCUGGGCCAAAGCAGAAGCGAGUAAAGUUCACUUCAUAUACAACAAUACUGCCAGAGGAUGGAGGCCCCUACACCAACUCAAUUCUAUUUGACAGUGAUGAUAAUAUUAAAUGGGUAUGCCAAGAUAUGAAUCUUGGUGAUUCCAAGGAACUUAGGGACUAUAUGGAAAGACUGCAAGACAAUAUGUAAAACUACUUUCUUAUGUUUGUAAUCACCUUUAUGCCUUCUGUUUAUGGAUGGUGGAGCAGUCAGUCCAGUCAGCAAUAGGAACAAGACAGCCCAACCCUGGAGGUCCUGAGAUGAUAACCUGAUGGCAGAGAGCAGGUCCAAGAGGCUGGCUGAGUUAAUCCUGUUUCACCACAAACCAGGAUGUGCCCCUAAAACAGCUCCCUGUAGGUGUUGGAGGUGUCACACACGAUGGCUGUUGCUGUGUACUGCCUGGUUCUAGCAAAAUGCUGAUCCAACUGCGCUCAGACUCAGAGGAGACUCCAUUUGUUGGUCAUCUCUCAUGAGAAAUGGUCAAUCAGAAAAGAAAGGGAUGUUUGUUUGCAUUGAUUUUUUCUAGUCGUCGUCCUUUGUAAAGCACAGUGGACAUUUCUUGCUCACAGCCUGAGAGGAGGCUCACGGAAAAAGGGAUUGGAAUGAAUCUCACUUUAUUGCCUAUGUGCAAUGCAGCCAAGUAGUCUUAUUAUUUUUUACAGAUAUAAAAAACCCCAUGUGGUUAAUUUCUUCUUAUAUUGUUUGUGAAUUUUAUUUGACUUAGGGAACAUUAAAUAUUUUCUUUGAAGGGGUUUGGGUUUUUUUUUUCCGGUUGUACCAAAGUGUAGUACAGUAAUAUUUAUAAUGAUUUGAGUUUUUUAUUCAUCUGCUUCAGCCCCCAGAGAUACCUCCUUCAUCACUGAUUAUCUUCCUCCUUUCCAUAUGGGUCGUUAGUAUUUGAAACAUAGAAAGGAAUUAGAACUCUUACUGGGAAAGGGUUGUGUCUUCUUACAGGGAACUGUAAAUAUAAUAAUAAACCCUGGAAAAUAAAAAUCAAGGAGUAGCCCUGGGUUCACUUUUGUCAUUGCUAAUAUGAAAAAAUAACCUGUAAAAAAACCCCAGCACAUACUUCAAAGGGGAAAUGCUUUGCUGAAACAGUAGCUUGGCUGACAAUACCUGUUAUUAUCUGAGUGGGAAAGUCAAACGUGGCAUUGGAAUGCAUAAAGUGGGAAGGAAAAUUUCCUAGGAAAUAAGCAAAGCCUGGAGUAACUGUUACUCUGUGCUAAUGAAUCCAUUGGUGGUAGAUUCAGCAGGCCAGAGAAGUUCAUGCUCAACAGCCUUGUCUAAACAUCCCUGGCCAUGAAGCCAUUAAAGAGAAAAACUUUACACCAUGUUUCAUUAAAAAGGGAAGAAAAGGCACAUUGGGACUGCAGCCACACAAGGGACUAUCCAAUUUUAUCAAGGAAAACAAAGCUGCCAUUUCAUAUGCAUCACAUCUAAUUUUUUACUGAAGGAUGGCUGAGAUAAGUUGAAAAUUGCACUUAGGAAAAGCCUGAAUCUACAGAAUACUUAAACCCCCCAAUAAAUCACAUGUUCUUGUGAUGGAUCCUGUGCAAUAACCACAAGAGCCAAAUUACAACUGCCUUACAUACUGGAGUUCCCAUCCUUUAGGCAGAUCAAAGCAAGAUUUGAAUUUAUAUAUAAACCAGAAAAUUGUGGGAAAUUCUGCAUUUGGGUCCUAACCACAACUGGGAACAUAUUUAAUGUAACUGCUGCAAAAUACAGGAAUUUUAACAUCGAGACUAGAAGUGAUGACACCAGGCUUAUAUAAGUGAUUAGAGACUUGCUUUUGCUGGCACUGAACUGCACAGGGAGGAGAUGGCAUCUGUUAUAAUCUAAUUUUGAGGAGAGAAAAUAAUAGAGCACAGAUAUGCUUCUGUUUCAUAAGGGAUGCAGCACUUGUGCGUCAGAUGAAGUCUUGGGUUGUUUAACAAAUGUUCUCUCCCCUUUCAGUGAUCCAGGAAAUAAGGAAAGAUGAAUUCCUACAAUGAUCCUUAUCACUUACAACAUAAAAAACCCCUUUUUAGAAUCUAACUUCUCUUUCCAAUGCAUUAUUUGGCCCAAGCAGAGAGCAGAACAAAAAAAAUCCCCUAUUUACUAUUGUUUGCACAAUGUACUGACCCAAACUGACCACAGAUUGAUUGAGUCUGGAAAUCAGAGGAACCAAGCUCUGCUGGCAGGUGCAGAGGGCAAAGAGCCCAAAGAGCAAAGCCUCAGUGAGCCAGUGAGCCCAUGGCCUCAGAGAGAGCUGUUUCCUCAUGGAAAUAUUUCCUUCCUCUCCCCCUGAGGCUGCAUUUCCUCAUGGAAACCUUUCCUUCCAGCCUUGCUUUGGGUUCCACUUCUUCAUGGAAACCUUUCCUUCCAGCCUUGCUUUGGGUUCCAUUUUCUUACAGAAAUAUUUCCUUCCACUCCUGCUUUGGGCUCUGUUUCCUCAUGGAAGCCUUUUCUUCCACUCCCACUGAGGUUCCAUUUCCUCAUGGGAACAUUUCUUUCAACUCCUGCUUUGGGUGCCAUUUCCUCAUGGAAACCUUUCCUUCAGUUCCUGUGAGGCUCCUCAUGGAAACCUUUCCUUCCAGCCCUGAUGAGGCUCCAUCUCCUCAUGGAAACCUUUCCUUCCAGCCCUGAUGAGGCUCCAUCUCCUCAUGGAAGCCUUUCCUUCCAGCCCUGUUUUGGGUUCCAUCUCCUCAUGGAAGCCUUUCCUUCCAGCCCUGAUGAGGCUCCAUCUCCUCAUGGAAGCCUUUCCUUCCAGCCCUGUUUUGGGUUCCAUCUCCUCAUGGAAGCCUUUCCUUCCAGCGCUGCUUUGGGUUCCAUCUCCUCAUGGAACCUUUUCCUUCCAUUCCCACUGAGGUUCCAUUUCCUCAUGGGAGACUUUCCUUCCACUUCUGUGAGGCUCCUCAUGGGAACCUUUCCUUCCAGCCCUGCUGCAGGCUCCCUGCUCGUGUCCCUCUCGUGUCCCCAGGGCCGUGCAGGUGCCCUGGGCUGCUCCCCUGCCUCACCCAUGGUAACAGAGGUCAGCGGCUUCCCUGAGCUGGAGAAUGUCCCUUGGAGGAUCCCAGAGUUCAGGGGCUCCCUGCUGGCACACUGGGGUGUCCCUUGUCCCUGAUGCCCAGACCCUGGCUGUCCCUCGUGCCUGGGCACUCAGGGACGGGCCAGAGCCACCAGGGGACACCUCUGGCCUUUCC